AUGGCGCAAUACUUCUUCGAUCUUCUUUACAACUUUACAGACUGCAUGUGCUGCUUUCCAAGCACGCCGCAACUGAAGAUCAACAAUCGCAGCUUCAAGUUGCUACGUCUCCUGGGUGAAGGUGGUUUCUCUUACGUGUACCUCGUUCAGGACAAGUCGACGUCGGAACUCUUUGCGCUGAAGAAAAUCCGUUGUCCGUUCGGUCAGGAAUCCGUCUCCCAGGCCUUGAAGGAAGUGGAAGCAUAUAACCUGUUCGCAAAACAGAAGAAUAUUAUUCAUUCGAUAGACCAUUGCGUGUCGACCGAAGCUGGCUCGAAAUUCCGCUCCGACGGCGGCGACGCAGGAUCCAAGACGGUCUACAUCCUUCUACCAUACUAUCAGCGCGGAAACCUCCAAGAUGCCAUCAACGCGAACCUCGUCAACCACACUACAUUCCCAGAAAAGAGACUCAUGGCCCUGAUGCUGGGUGUCGCUAAUGCGCUCAAGGCUAUGCAUCAAUAUCGCGUCAAGAGCAAUGCCGGAACGACGCGCAAAGCCAAGUCGGUUCGAAGAGAAGGCGAAGAAGCUGAUACGGAGUUGGCGAUGCGCAUGGAAGCCCCUAAACGCCGAGCUAGUCAACGGGCGGAUGAGGAUGAGGAUGAUGAGAAUGAGCCGUUAAUGGACGAUGAGGUCACCAGAAGCCAAGAAGGGGUGCAAGAUGGUGAUCUACGCCCAUACGCUCACAGAGACGUGAAACCUGGCAACAUUAUGAUUAGCGAAGAUGGCCACAGCCCAGUUCUCAUGGAUCUGGGAUCCUUAGCCCCUAGUCCCAUUCCGAUUACCUCCCGUUCUCUCGCAUUGGCAGUCCAGGAUACAGCCGCAGAACACAGCACGAUGCCGUACCGAGCCCCUGAAUUAUUCGACGUCAAGACCGGAUCCGUCAUCGACACGAAAGCAGACAUCUGGUCGUUUGGAUGCACAUUAUACGCAUGCUUGGUCGGAAAAAGUCCAUUCGAAGCCCGCAGUGAGGAAACCGGUGGAAGUCUGAGCAUGUGUGUGCUCGGUGGAGACUGGCGCUUCCCUGAUGAGAAAUCGGCUUCCAAAGGCAAGGGUAAAGCUGGGGGCGAACAACAGGGCGAGGGCGCAAGUUCGAGCGGAACAAGUUCGAUGAGUGCGCAGGUUAAAGAUGUCGUUCGAAAAUGCUUGGAAGUCGAACCGGCAGACAGACCUGACAUUGACGAGCUCAUACAGAUUCUGAAGGAUGUCAUCCAAAACCUUUCGGAUGAUGCUGGAUCUUCGUGA